AUGGUGACAAGAAGCUUUCAAGUCAUCGAUAAUGUCAUGUUUAAACCACAACUGUAUCAGCAAUAUACACUGCCCAGCGCGUGGACGUUCUGGGAAAAUGCAUACCUAUACCGCAUGACAUCUAUCCUUGAUAACCCAAGAAUCCCAGCUAAACUCAUCUCCAGCGGGUGCCAAACAGAAAAUAUGGGAAGAAAUUGCUCCGCCGCAUGUGGCAAUCUAACAUCCCUCUUCGGCUCUCCCGAGACUCUGUGGAACUGUGUCACCAUCUCAACGGUGGCAAUGAUGACGACUAAUGGUGGCCCCGACACAUUGGACCAACAUGGUGAAGACAUAGCCCUCAAUGAUUUCCAUUCCGGAAGCUUGGACAAAUUUGUGGAUGUGGGCGUAUUUCGAAACUACCGAGAAUGCGCCUUACGUUCUUGUUCAGACUCGCGAUUUGGAGGAUGCCCCCUAAAGCUUCCCAAGUUUCAAUGCGGAUUCGUGACAAAAGACACAAUUGGGGAGCUCGCCAAGCUUAUGAGGUACCAAUACUGCAAAAGUGCAGACCCUGGCAUUGAUUAUGAUAUCGCUGGCCCUGGCAUCAUCAUAUCAUACUUCAUCCAAUUCAUUCUAGUGGUCCUCUUCACCCUCUCCUUCAAAUUCACGACAUCAUGGCUGAAGAGGACGAUCGGGAUUAUCCUAGCACCAGUCUACGGCGUACCAUUAGCAUCAAAAGAAGCAUCCAGACGCCAGGAAGCAGCUUCAGAAUCACAAUUGGCUGAAUCCAUCUCAUCAUCGCUCAUCGAUCUGCAAGAGACCCAAGCGCUUUUCCUUAUAACAGUUGCUGCUGCGAGUGUCAUCACGUUCACAGGAGAGAAUGGGACAGGGCUUGGAAACAUCCAAUCACUCUUAUCUUGGCUCUCGAACAGCAUCGUCCUCAGAGGAAUGGUAGUCGCGGGGUCGUAUUCUCUUCUUCUAACCCAGCUCAUCCUGCAUCGUGCGGGUAAGCGCUGGUGGUAUACUCUACUUUUAAUUAUCAUCAACCUGGUCUUUGUCAUUGUACUUGCACAGCCCCAGCGGGUGCGGCUGGACACGCUCAUCGCCCAUUUUCAAGACACUGUUGGUUUGGCAAGCUGUGGCGGCAAUCCAGGUCCAAUGACGUUUUGCCAGACGCUCAACAGGGCUACGGACAAUCCGGCUCCUGCUGCUGACUCCGUAGAUCCCAUCAGCAGUCCGACUUUAUUCUUCGACUUUAAUUCUCGGUAUCCCCAACCUCUAUAUGUAGUCUCAGUAUUACUUGUUCUUGACUGGAUUGUUGACAUAUCGCGUCAAGAAGUUUCCAAGCGGAGUGCACGAUGUCUUCCUCCAACUAUUCUGCAUCUCCUGACAUCAAAGCGACUCAUCAAGCUCUGGCAAGUCUACUGGGCCAUCCUGGAACUGUUUACUUUUGUUAUGUGUCUCGUGAGCAUUUGGGAGUUUUUCCGUUUUCUCGGGUUUUUGAGAAGACCAGAUGGGAAUAUUGACCCAGAGGAGCCCAGCGACGUCAAUAUCACCAAAUGGUCAUUUGGCCAGCUUAUUGCUGUGGCAGUAUGGUUCCCGGUCAUCUUCAAGUUCAUUUCGAUUAAUAUCAGUAAGUAG